AUGGCUACUCAUCAUGAAUACAACCUAAUCAUUGCCAUCAUCUUUAAUCUAACGAUUGGCCUAACACUUGUGCCACUCAUUGAAAGUCAUACUGUUUGGGUUCAUAACAAAAUGUGGCCAGGUACAUAUGGUAUGCUUGCAGUCAUGGUAAAUGGACAAGAAAGGAAUAGCGGGGCUUCAUAUGCUCGCCACGGUUUUAGUGUUGAAGUGUUUGAUGAUGUAAAAACUUUUAACCUUUCAUUCUCUGUCGAGGCUUCAUCUGAAAAAGAUAAGAAUCGUGGACCAUUCUCAAAUGACAAGGAUCACGAAUGGAAAUUUACUGGUAGUAUAGAUGCAUGGAAUAUUGAAGAGCUAUCCUAG